AUGCUCACUGCGGAGGAUUUGUAUCAACAACUAGACAACCAAACAUCAACUAAAGGAAGAAGAUUAAAAUCGACGAACAAACUCUCUAUUCAUCACAAAGGAGAAUCAGGAAAUCCAUUUGCUGUUGGUGUCAGAAGGUCGUCACUUGUCACCAACAACAACACCAAUAACAUGAAUGGAUCUACUGACUUGGCUCCUCUCAAAGUGUUGUCUGGAGGUAACAAUUUAAUGGCCCUAUCGAAAGAAACAAAAUCACCCACAGGAGAUGAGGUUAAAUCUCCUGGCACAUCAUUUGCCUUCAAGAGAGGCAUUAGUUCUCGUUUCAUGAGUUCCAUGACCAGUCGAUCCAAAUUGAAUAUUGUCGAUCUCAUGUCUGACACCAUGUCAGAAGCAUCUUCAUUGUUUAGCUCUUCUUCCGAUCGAUUAAGUAUGAUGAGUGAAUUUGGAAAAUCCUUUUUCAAGAAAUUAAAACAACAACAAUCUCAAAAAGAAGUACAAGACAGUGAAUUUCUUCAACUCAAUGAUGUUGUGGAUCAAAUGAUGACAUGUGGAUUCCCAGUGGUCAUCUUUGAUCGAAAUUGUGCCAUCGAGUAUCUCAAUCCAGAAGCAGAGGAAGAAUUUGGAAUGCGAUCCUUUGCUGCACUCGGUGAACAUGUGAGUCAAUUGUUUGUCGAAGAAACUGUCAUUCAAAUUCAAGACGCAGUUUUACAAUUUUUAGGAUCUGAAGAAUUAACAGAAGCUUGUUUGAUGCAACUCGACGAAGAGCUUCUCAUUACACCUUAUUCUGAAUUGAGUCGUUCUGAAAAAUUAAAACGGAAACAAGAUUUAUCCAUUGAAAGAAUGUUCAAAGCGAAAUCUUCACUCACCAAAAAGGUCUUUCAUUGUCGAACGAAAAUCAUUACUGUGAAAAAGUAUGGCCAAAUACAUUUUUGUGCCUACAUGCAGAAAAUUAAAUUAUCACAAGAUGAAGAGAAAGAAAUGGCCAAUUUAGCUCUCAGUGAAACCAUUACAGAAAAUUCAAUAAUGCCCAUUGUGUCAAGUAAUGAGAAGGGAAUUGUUCAAAUUUUCAAUGCAGCUGCUUCAACUGUUUUUGGAUAUUCCAAAAAGGAAGUCUUGGGAAAGAAUUUAAAAAUGUUGUGUAAUCCCAAGCAUCGAAAAAAACAUGAUUAUUUCAUUGAAAGAUAUCUUAAAACUAGAGAAAAGAGAAUGAUUGAUCAUGUAAGGUUCGUUAAGGGAGAAACAAAAACUGGAGAGUCUCUAAAAUUGGAAAUUAAGCUUUCUGAAAUUUUCACGCCUAGAUCGUCACAACCACAAUUUGUUGCCUUUUUUAGAGAUGCCAAAACCAUGAUCACCAAGGAAGAACAUUUGGUCAAUAUUGCUGAUAAAUUAUAUCCAAAGAAUAUUGCACAACGCUUGAGUAUGGGCCAAACAGUCAUCGAUUCCCUUGAUAUUUGCACUCUAUUAUUUGCUGAUAUUGUUGGAUUUACAGAAAUGGCAAGAGGCAAAAAACCAGACGAAGUUGUAAAAAUUCUACAUGAACUAUUUGGUGCAUUCGAUGAUAUUUGCUACGCCAAUAAGACAGAAAAGAUCAAAACGAUAGGCGAUGCUUACUUUUUGGCUAGUGGAAUUCCACAAGCAGAUCGAAAUCAUGCAGAAAAUUGUGUGAAAUGUGGACUUGAAAUGAUCACGCGUGUACAGGAAUUUGUUCAAAAACAUGACUUUAAUCUCAAGGUCCGAAUUGGUAUUCACACAAGUAAUGACACCAUCGCAGCAGUGGUUGGAAAAUUGAAACGAACUUAUGACCUAUUUGGUCGAGGUGUGCAAUUGACACAACUCAUCGAAGCUACUGGCAAAGUGAAUCAAGUUCACAUUUCCAAAGAUUGUUUCUGUCAUCUUGUGAGUGCAGAGUUGAAAGAAAAAUUCUACCCAUGCUUUGAAAGCAAUGAAACUCUGCAACAUGAAAAGCUAGGAGAGGUCAUGAUACCUAUUUCUACCUAUGUAACAAAAUUAAGCGAAUGA